AAGUAACAGAUGAGCAGAGCACAAACAUUCAACGGAAUAGCCAACGUCAACGAACACUACUUGUCAUGACAUUUUUAAGAUUGUGAUGAAAUAGACGACCUUGUCAAUAAUACUGGUUUAUAUAUGUACAAGGGACCUGCAAGGGACCGAAUCGGAAUAGUACAUUCUGCUCAGCAGUGCACGCCAGGUGCACGCUAUAAACUGAAAGAGUGUCGCCGUUACAGAAUCUCUGCCACCAGAGACGUAUUCUUCAGAGGAGCUCUCGUUAACAUUUAUUUCCGGAUAUAACCGGAAUGUUGCAAUGUGCGCUUUUGCCAUUUCUUAGUGCUUUUCAAGAACUUAACAAACCUGAAUAUUAUAAAAAAUUUUAAAAAUGAACAUCUGUCAAAAGAUUUAUUUAAGGAGAAAAUCCAAACGUUACUUAUAUUACAUCAUAUUUUUGGGUGUGUUUUGUGUCCUAUGUUAUCAAGUAUACUUUUUAAAAGUUGUAACCGACGAUGUAACAAGGAGCCUUGUCACAUCAACUGCUAAAGUUUCCUCUGUGUUGUCUACAAUAAGAGGUGUCAGACAGAUUGAUAUGGCAAAGUAUAAACCAAAUAAUCAUGGAGCUUUUGUAUGCUUUGAUUCACAAGAGGAGAUAGAAUAUAGCCGUAUAAAUGAUGAUUAUUGUGAUUGUGUCAGUGAUGGGAGUGAUGAACCUGGUACAAAUGCCUGCGUGAAUGGAAAAUUCUAUUGUGAAACUGAUAGGCUAACAGUAAAAUUAAGUAUCAAAUUGAAACUUUGAAGGUUCAAAUGCAAUAUUACAGAAAUUUGUGCUCCAGAUGAUGAUGAACAAGAAAAUACCAUAUUCAUCUAUGAAGAUCUUCAGUUGCUAUACAUGAAAUUCCACAAAAUGAAAAUCUUUUAGUAGCUGGUGAUUUCAACACCAGAAUUGGGACUGUCCAUUUAAAGGCUUUGUAGGCCCAUGCAAAUAACCAGUUGUGAAUAUCAAUAGUAAAAAGUUGAGAGAUUUUGUAUCAUUGAAUAGUUUGUAAAUAUACAUGGAGUUCUGGAAAUAGUAGACCCAUCAUUAACAAUGUUUUAACAAAUAGUAAGACUACGCCACUAUUAUGUAACACCAGAGUAGGAGCUAUGAUGUUAAUUUUGACCAUUUUCCUUGAAAAUCAGAUAAGUUACCAAAGAGAUGGAACUACAAGGAAAAUAAAACCAAACUAAGAAACAGUAUGUCGAAUACAAUUCUUGCGAGAUAAACGAACAAGAUGGAUUUUCUGAAAGAGAAUGAGUGAUAUUUUACAGGAAAGGGUAAUUAAUAUUUUCUGUGCUGAUUUGCACCAAUUAAAAGGUAUUCUGAAACAUCAACACACUGCAUCAGGAACAUCAACAAAAUUCAGAAACAAUUGAAAGCUGCCAAUAUGAAAUCAUUAAAUAUUAUAAAUGAUAUUAAAAAAUAGGAAUACUUGAGAUAUUUUAAUACAAAGUUAGAUGAAAACCUUACAGUAUAUAAAUGAGAAACAACAUUAGUUAAGAGAGAAACAAGAAAAGUGAAAAAAUAGACUUAGAAAAAAGGUGUAUAAACUUUGCACAAGAUAAACAAGGACAACAAACCCAGGCUUUCAAAAUAUUAAAGCAGAUGAAAAAAAGACUGCAUAAAUUAACCCCAUUUCCAAUGCAGGUUGGCUCAAUUUUUACCAAAAUCUAUGGAAAUCAAAUGAUAAUGAAGAAAAUAUUUAAAAUGCUGCUUUUGAUGAAAAUGUAGAUUCAAUAAUCAUGGAUGAUUUUGUGGAAGAAUUUAAGAUAGGUAAGAAUAGAAAAUCAACUUGGGCAAAUGGAAUCAAUAUGAACUUAAUCAAUUGUCAGAAUUGUGAUAAUUAACGAUGAAUACAGCUGCUCAGUGCUGGAUAUAAUGGGUUGCUAAUAUUUUAGUUUAAAAGACUAAGCAACAUAUCAGAAACAUUUCUUUUAGAAGAGCAAAAUGGUUGUAGACCAAAUAGAUUGUGCACACAGUGUUUUCUCAAUUAACUAGAUUGCAGAGAAACCCAUGGAAUGGAAAAGCUACAUUUAUAGCUGCACUGUUAUAGACCUUUGAAAAAGCAUUUAAUCAGGUAAACAGAGGAAAACUAAGGGAAAAUCUAGAAGAAUGUGGAAUUCCAUAGCACUGGAUUAGAGCAGUACAAACCAUGAAUCAUAAAACAUGAGUCUUGCAAACCACGGUUUGGAAAACAAGCCCUACCACUCCCACGCAUGUAUAUAUUUGAAAUAUUCAUCUUAAAAAAAAAGACACUUAUGAGAAAUAAGGAUUUUGUUACUCUAAACACAGAAGUUCAUAAGUAUGAUACUGGACAAAAAAGAAAUCUGCAUGUCCCAUA